AUGGACGGCAACUCCUCGUUCAACCCGUUGAUGAAGAUUGAUGUGAAGUUUGAAAAGUGGGCACAAGUCUUUUUCAAUAUCGUCUAUUCUGUUGCCCAAUUUGUGUUUGCCAUCCCUAGUACCACACAUCUGGUUGAUCUCGUCAAACAUUGGACUGUCAGUCCUAGGUGUCUUAUGGCCUAUGGUAUGAUUAAGCCCUCAUUGCUAGUUACUGCCAUUACUGUUUCCCUGCGCUUGAGGAGUAGGGAGUAUUUCCCUCAAGGAGAAGGAACACUAGACGAGACUUCUUGUCUGGGAGAUUUUGGGGAUAGGUUUGGAGGCGGAAUGGGAAGAUUGGGAACUGGGCUGGUGGAGAGAGUAGCAGUUAUUUUCUUCAGCACUGAAAACAUCCCUGUGGAGAAGUUCAGCUUUAAGCUUGUGCUGAACCAGUCUUAUGACAGAAUGGUGAAAGAUAGUGACUUGGAAUUUUCUCUUCGAUCGUUCUUAAUAAAGAUUUCGAUUUCUAAGCCACUUACCAAGGUUCUUCCCCACAAUUCGAGAUGGGAGAUAACAGGAUACUUCCGUGCACUUCCGGAGGUCAGUACAAGUAGAGAUGCAGAAUUAUGGAUCCCUACAGACACAAAACAGUGGCAACAAGCUUCACUUAUAACCCCUAUAAAGUCUAUGAGUAGUGAGCCUCUUUGUGUACAUUUGUAUUUGGAACAUCCAAGUUUGUCUGAACAACAGCCUUGAAGAAACACUGCUCAUAACUUACACAAGGUAUGAUAUGGCAAUAUUCUGUCUUAUUUACAUGAUAUUGUGCUAUCUAGCCAAAACAUUAUUAUUCAUGCAGAAUUUAGCAAACUUAAAAGUGGCAGGCUAUGUUUGAAAAAAUCCAGAUUUUGUGCGAGUUCACUUAUAUUUCCUAUAUGUAUGAUAAUUGCCAAUUUUAUUGGGAAA